AUGAAUUUGGGAGAAGGAGAUGAGCAAGAAAAGGACAACAAACUCACUGUUGCCAUGAAGAAGUUUGAAGACUUCAAGGUGAUGCCUAAUGAAGCUAUCACUGACGUGGAGCUCAGGUUCACAAAGCUUCUGGGUGAUCUCUCAGAUCUCGGAAAAGAGCUUACUAAAAAGGAGAAGAACUUGAAGAUUCUUCGAGGUUUUGCGAAGUCAUGGGAUAUGAAGGUCACCGCAAAGAGAGAUCAUCGUGACAUGAAAACCACCAGCACAAGCAAAAUCUUUAGUGAUCUGAAAGCUUAUGAGUUCGAGCACGAACCAAAGGAAUUGGAAGAACCCGAUAUCAGAAAUGUGGCUUUGGUGGCCAACCAACAAACAUCGACGUCAAAUAGGUCAACCUCUAACUCUUCAAAUUUUUUAUCUGACGAACAAUACGCUAUGUUUGUUAGGAAAAUGAAAAGAUUCAUGCGGAAGAACAACUUCCAAGACUUUCAAAGAUCAUCAAGCCGAAGGCAACAUGAAAGAUCACCACUUCCAUCAAGACAAGAAACAGUGGAAUUCCAAAUGCUGUGCUACAAUUGUCGAAAGACUGGACAUUUUAAAGCAAACUGCCCACAUCCAAUGGUCAGCAAACAUCACGACUCUGGCACGACAAAAGAAACCAACGAAUCCAUCAAAAGGAGUGACAAACCGGAAUCAUCAAACUCCAGAAACAAAAGAAGGAGAAAAGCAAUGGUCGUAAAUGAAACGAUCAAAAACAAUGAAUCCGAAAGCAGUUCCUCAAGCUCAAGCUCAGACGAUGACAGUGCUGAAAAAGAAAAGGGACUACUGUGUUUGUUCAGCAAGGAAGAAGAAUCAAACGAAAUGUCUCUUAUGGCACAAGAUGAAGAGGUAGACUCUCAAUCCUCUUCCUUUCUUUCAUUAGAAACGAACUCAUCAAAUGAUCAAAACUCCAAUGAAUCGGUCAAUGAUAUGAUGAGGAGAUUUGCUAUCAUAAAUAGCACAUACUCAGAAUUGAAAGAGGAGAACUCUCAACUAUUGAUCAGCCACAAUGAGCUAAGGCGAGUUCGAAUAGAGAACAUAAAGCUAGCCAUUGUAAAGAAUCAGCUCGAAAAGCAAGUUCUAUCUCUCAAAGAGCAGUGUACAGAAAGAGAAAAGCGGGAGCAACAUUUGCGUGAGGUUCUUGACUCAUUUAAUAAUUCGUCCAAUCUAAUGGACCGAAUGGUAAAUGGAUCAAAACCGCCUGGGGAAAGAACCGGAAUUGGUUAUGACCUCGGCUCCUCUUCACAUGUCACCUUAAACAAACCCAGAAAUGCAUAUACUCGUGAAAGUUUUAUAUCUGCUUUUGUUUAA